AGUUAGAGAAAGACGAGGGUGAGGGUGACAGGGUGACAGCCAGGGCACGCCGGGUGCGUGUGGAAGGGUCGGGAUAUCAGCCAGUCUCUGCCACAUUCAGGCAUUUAUUAUCUUUUUUUCGGGUGGGGGGUAUUAUUUUUUAUUGUUUGCUUCUAUCCCUAUAGAACAAGGGCAGGAGAGAGAGGUGCGCGCUCUAGCUGAGCGUCGCUGAUCUAAACGGGUCGAAGGAGGCAAUUUUGCUAGUGGGGGAGGGAAGGGGAGACCUUGAUUUCCACCAAUCCCCGGGCGUUUGUCUGCGAAGUCCGGGGCGCAGCGGAAGGCUGCGGCGCGCCGCUGAAUUAACUGAUGAGAGCGAGUUCUUUUAUUCUCCGGGAGGGGUGGGGAACGAGGGUCUCGGCGGGCGAGGCAGAGAAGCCCGGGGUAGGAUAGCGGUCCCGGGCCGCGGUGGAAAUUUCCAAGGACUUGGCGCGGCGCAGAGAGCGCGUCUGGGGGGUGCCUGGCGGCACAGCAGCGCGGGAGGCGGGGAAGGGCGAAGGAGCAUCUCUCAGAAGGGACGUCGCGGCCAAAUGUCUGGGAGGGAACCGAGCCUCUCCCCGGACCCACGCUGAGGGCGACCGUGAUGCUGCAGAACCUGCAAGAGCGACUCGCCGCCGCCACUCUCCGGGCUUUCCAAGACUCCAGCGCUCUCCUUCUGCAGGGGAAGCGACCAUGGCCAUAGCUCGUGACUUGCCUUCCGGGCCACUUCGCCUGGAAAGAAAUCCUUGAAAAAGUUGCAUUUUAAAAAUCCUUACGCUGACCUUUGGGGCCGUGGGGACCGAGAAGCGUGAGUGCGUGUGCAAGCAAGAAAGCAGAAGGUGUGUGUGCAUGGGGGGCCGUCGGUGGGGAGACCCUCCGUUGCCACUUUGCCAAGUGUGCUGAGGCUCUGGCCCUCGCCCCUCCCCGGCACCCCGGGUCUGCGAUGAGCCCCUGCGGGCGGGUGCGGCUACACGCGUCCAGAGGGGCCAUGGCUAUAAAAAAAUUGGCAUGGAAAUUCCCGCGGACCCGGCUGCCCGUGGGCGCCAGUGCCCUCUGCGUUGUGGUCCUCUGUUGGCUCUAUAUCUUCCCGGUCUAUCGGCUGCCCAACGAGAAGGAGAUCGUGCAGGGGGUGCUGCAACAGGGCACGGCGUGGAGGAGGAACCAGACGGCGGCCAGAGUCUUCAGGAAACAAAUGGAAGACUGCUGUGACCCCGCCCAUCUCUUUGCUAUGACUAAAAUGAAUUCCCCCAUGGGGAAGAGCAUGUGGUAUGAUGGGGAGUUUUUAUACUCAUUCACCAUUGACAACUCAACUUAUUCUCUCUUCCCCCAGGCAACCCCAUUCCAGCUGCCAUUGAAGAAAUGUGCGGUGGUGGGAAAUGGUGGGAUUCUGAAGAAGAGUGGCUGUGGCCGUCAAAUAGAUGAAGCAAAUUUUGUCAUGCGAUGCAAUCUUCCUCCGCUAUCAAGUGAGUACACUAAAGAUGUUGGGUCCAAAAGUCACCUUGUGACAGCUAAUCCCAGCAUAAUUCGGCAAAGGUUUCAAAACCUGCUUUGGUCCAGAAAGACAUUUGUGGACAACAUGAAAAUCUAUAACCACAGUUACAUCUACAUGCCUGCCUUUUCUAUGAAGACAGGAACAGAGCCAUCCCUCCGGGUUUAUUAUACACUGUCUGAUGUUGGUGCCAAUCAAACAGUGCUUUUUGCUAACCCCAACUUUCUGCGUAGCAUUGGAAAGUUCUGGAAGAGUAGGGGAAUUCAUGCCAAGCGCUUGUCCACAGGACUCUUUUUGGUGAGUGCAGCCCUGGGUCUGUGUGAAGAAGUGUCCAUCUAUGGCUUCUGGCCCUUCUCUGUGAAUAUGCAAGAGCAGCCCAUCAGCCACCACUAUUACGAUAACGUCCUGCCCUUUUCUGGCUUCCAUGCCAUGCCAGAGGAAUUUCUCCAACUCUGGUAUCUUCACAAAAUCGGUGCACUGAGAAUGCAGCUAGAUCCAUGUGAGAACACCUCACUUCAACCCACUUCCUAGGAACUAUGGAAGAAGAAGGAACUGAGCCAGGGUAUUUUUGUUAGGUUUUCUAUGUGACUCCAAAAGAAAAUGGUCAAGUUCCUUCAUGGAUUUGCGUGGGCCACUUGGAGAGCCAAAAAAAAAAAAAAGAAGCAGGAUAACAAAAACCGAAGGAAAGCUCUACUUUUGAUGUUGGCUUAGAGGAUAAAUAAGAAAAGAAAUGUCCCACGACAUGUUUUAUAGCACAUUGUGGAUUUUCAGCUGUAAAACGCUAAUGAAAUGAUGAUGUUUAUGCGGUUCAAAUGUAGAAGAUACAGUGUAAAAACAAGAUGGACCUCUAGUUAUUGAGGCUGAGGAGCUACUUGAGAUAGAAUAAAGACAAUGCCGGGGAAAAGCGUUGCUGAUCACCAACACAAACUGGGUUAAUACAAAAACAAACCAACAAACAAAAAAACCUACAGGUUUAGAACCAUAGAGGGUUUUUUUAUUAUUAUUACUUAUUUUUGCCCUAUUUAGGGGCAGUGGGUGGGUGCUGGUGUAGAUUAAAAAAAAAAAAUCCCUUGCUGAGUAAUAAGAAUAUCAAAUGCUACACCUGAUAAUUGUGAUUUGUUGAACCAAGUCUAUGUUAAUUAUGUUGUAUUGUUAGGUGCUGUCGAGUUGGCUUCAACUCAUAGUGACCCUAUGUACAACAGGAAAAAACACUGCCCAGUCCUGCACCAUCCUCACAAUCGUUGCUAUGUUUGGCCCGUUGUUGCAGCCACUGUGUCAUUCCAUCUCCUUGAGGGUCUUCCUCUUUUUCCCUGACCUUCUGCUUUACCAAGGAUGAUGUCCUUCUCCAGGGACUGGUCCCUCCUGAUAACGUGUCCAAAAUAAGUGAGACAAAGCCUCACCAUCCUUGCUUAUAAGGAGCAUUCUGGCUUUACUUCUUCCAAGACAGGUGUGCUCAUUCUUCUGGCAGUCCCUGGUAUAUUCAAUAUUCUUCCCCAACAGCAUAAUUCAAAGGCAUCAAUUCUUCAGUCUUCCUUAUUCAUUGUCUAGCUUUUGCAUGCAUAUGAGACCAUCAAAAAUACCAUGGCUUAUGUCAGAUACACCUUAGCCCUCAAAGUGACAUCUUUGCUUUUUAACACUUUAAAGAGGUCUUUUGCAGCAGAUUUGUCCAAUGCAAUAUGUCAUUUGAUUACUCGACUGCUGCUUCCUUGGGCGUUGAUUGUGGAGCCAAGUAAAUUGAAAUCCUCAACAGCUUCAGUAUUUUCUGUUUAUUAUGAUGUUGCUCGUUGGUCCAGUCAUGAGGAUUUUUUUUUUUUUAUGUUGAGGUGUAAUCCAUACCAAAGGCUAUAGUCUUUGAUCUUUAUCAGUAAGUGCUUCAAGUCCUCUUCACUUUCAGCAAGCAAGGUUGUAUAGUUCCCCCUCGUUUAAAAAAAUUUGAAAUAAGAAUUGCUUCCUCCCUUUUUGUCAAGUCUGCUUAGACAAUGUGAAGCAUUGCUGACUUUAGACUGUGUUGAUUCUGUUAGCCUGGAUAACAAGAGUCACUUUCUCUCCUCCUCAAAAUUUAGGCCAUAAACUCAAAUUUUAGAUCCACAUUACAUAAGCCUGUUUGCAUUGUCAUUAGUAUUUUAGUACAAAAAGAAAGACUACAAAUGCGAGUGCUUUAUUUUUUUAAAAAUUGUCAUGAUUGUUUCAUAAUGUAAUGUUUAGAGAUGAAGUAAAGCACAAUGAAGUAAAUUUUAGUCUUGGUGGAAGACAGGCUAUAAGACACAUCCCUUUUUCUUUCUUUUUUUUUUAUUGAACUUUAGAUGAAGGUUUACAGAACAAACUAGUUUCUCAUCAGUUAGUACACACAUUGUUCCAUGACAUUGGUUAAGAACACCACAACAUGUCAACCCUCUUCCUUCCCAAACCUGGGUUCCCUAUUACCAGCUUUCCUGUUCCCUCCUUCCUUCCAGUCCCUGCUGCAGGGCUAGUGUGCCUCUUUAGUGACACAUCCUUUUUUGUAUCUACCAUAGUGUAGCCACACUAAGAUCAUAUGCAUGUGUACUCACCACCAUGCACAGACACACGUGCAGACACACAGAGUUAAACAAAACUCGUUCCGUGUGACUAUACCAGCUGUAUCCAUGUGGCCUUGUAUGGCAAAAAUGUGUAACCAAUGUUGGAGAGCCACAAAUUUGUUACAUAUUAUCCACUUCAUAUUGUUAUAAGAUAAGCCAGCUUCCUGGGUGUUUCUCAUAUUAUCCAUACCAGUAUUAGAUGCAAAUCUUACCCCAAAGUGAUUACCCAGAAUGAGCAGACUUGUUUCACUCAUUCUGACUUCCCAAGUAUAUCACGAAUGGACCCUGUGUUGAGCAUGGUCACAGACAGCAGGGUUCAUACAAGUAAAGGGAUGUGAAUUAGCUGUUUCUUCCCUAGUAGCAAGUAGGACUACUUAGAAAGCUUGUUAUACCAAAUCUGACACACAGCAAGAAAACUGUAGUGCUCACAAGCCACUGGAUGUGUUUACAUGUAAGGGAAAUGUAAAGGAAACCUCUCUUUUUUGUGCUUUGGAUGCCUUAAGCUAAAAGGAGACAUUAGAACUUACUACCUUUAUUAAGCUGUGUCAAAAAAUUCUGCUUCAGUUUUGAUAUUAGAAACUUAGGAUACCAUAGUAAUCCUGGUGGCUUAGUGGUUAAGAGCCGCAGCUGCUAACCAAAAGGUCAGCAGUUCAAAUCCACCAGGUGCUCCUUGGAAACUUUAUGGGUCAAUUCUACUCUGUCCUAUAGGAUCGGUAUGAAUUGGAAUGAACUGACUCUACAGCAGUGGGUUUGUUUUUGUUUACCAUGCCAUAAAGUUAAAAUAGGUGACAUAUUUUGGUGGGUUAACUUACAAGAUAGCAAGAUUUAAAAAAAGCCCCCUUGGAAAAUUUCUACAUUGUUGGCAUAGGCAAUUUCUAAAUGUGAUUAAAUAGUGAAAUUAUUACCACAAUUAGCAGUUAAAAUAUGACUGGUUGACAUAACACACAUUAUAUUGCUACUUAGAAAGAUAAGAAUUUCAGAAUAUUGAUUCUGUACAGUACUAGUUUGCUGUUUUGAUCUUACAUAGUAGUGCAAAUGUAAUGAGAGUGUGAUGUAAAUCAGCUUUAAGUAGUCACUGUAUGUGCAAUCCUAAAUAUAUUUCCUCUUCUGAACCGGUGUUGUUUAAUAGCUACCUAGAAUAGGGAACGCACUUUUAUCUCUACGCCCCACCAGAAAUAUAAAAGGGCUAACAAAAAACAUGUACAAAAGUCAUUAAAAUAUGUCAUUCAAAUUAAUGUUUUAUUUGCUACAAUUGUUAAAAAUGUAGUUAAUGAGCAUCAGAGAGCCCAUGCAUCAGAAUUCUAUUGAAAAUGAUAUCAGGAAAUUUUACAUUUUAAUUCCUGAGAUAGAGUUAUGCAAUUGAUUUGUGCAAUGUUAGUUUAUAAAUUUGUGCAAAACCAUUCUAUGAGGCUUCUGAAAGGUAAAAUAGAAAUGACCAGAACUAAUUUUUUUUUUUUUUUUAAUAAUGUUUGGCAGCCCUAGUGGUGUAGUGUUUAAGAGCUCAGGUGGUAACCAAAAGGUUGGCAGUUCAAAUCCACCAUCCGCUCCUUGGAAACCCUAUAAGGCAGUUCUACUCUGUCCUAUAGGGUCGCUAUGAGUCAGAACCAACUUGAAGGCACCUGACAACAAUAGCAAUGUUUGACUAGACAAAUGCUUCACAAAUAGGUGUGAUUGUGGCAUCUCCCCUACCCCAGGGACAAUUGGUAAUGUCUGGAGACAUUUUUGAUUGUCAUGACCCUGGGGGUGCUACUGGUAUCUAGUGAGUGAAGGCCAGGGAUCCUGCUAAACAUCCUACAAUGCAGCACCUCGCAACCAAGAGUUGCCUAGUCUAAAAUGUCAGUAGUGCCGGGGUUGAGAAACCUGAAUUAUACCAAAAUGAGAUUUUGAUUCUUCUACAGUGUCUUCACUUAAGGAUACACAUACAUGCUCCUGUAAGAUUACAAUUUAAUGAGAAUGUUAUCUUAAGAGUAAUUACAGUUUGACAUUAUAGUGAUGACUCAUACGUAUGCCCUUUUCAUUGGCUAGAUAAAAAAAAAAACUAAAGCAAAAACCAAACCUGUUGCUGUCGAGUCGAUUUCAACUUAUAGCGACCUUAUAGGACAGAGUAAAACUGCCCCGUAGGGUUUCCAAGGAGCGUCUGGUGGGUUCAAACUGCUGGCCUUUUGGUUAGCUGCCAUAGUUCUUAACCACCAUGCUGCCAGGACUCCAUAGAUGUAUCUUAACGUAGAGCUGUGUGUGUAUGUGUAGUGUGAAGUUUUGUAUCUAUAUAUUUAUUGAAAUAUAUGUGUUUGUAAGUGAGAACUUCUCUAGCAUUUUUUCUUGUAGAGUACUCUGGAAUACUCUGUUACCAUUAAGAUAUUGCACUGUAAGCUUUCAUUAUAUUAUUUUAUCUGAAAUUGGAAACUUCAGGAUUGGGCCUUUUACUUUGCCAAAUUUGGUCAAGUAUAUUUUAAUAUUACUGACCCUUAAGGUUCAGCUCAGAAAAUAUUCAGAUUUUGGUAGACACGUUCAGUAAGAAAAUAUUUCAUCACUUUUGAUAUAUCUGCCAAGGAAAGACAUCACCCUUUCAUAUCAGUCUUAAUUUUUCAAUUGAUUUUUAGUAACAAAAAUUAGGUUGUCCCAUGCGGGCAUGAGAGAGAGUGGAGAGACUGAAAACAGGAACCUGAAAUGACUUUUAAUUUGUAUUAACCCCAAUUUGAGAAUUGCAUUGACUCUGAGGGUCAUGAAUAAGGAUGACUUUUGUUUAAUUUUAAUUGUGCGUCAAUAAAAUUAAGAUGGGUGAAGAAAUGUCAUUCCAUAACAAAAGUAAUUUUUAACAUGAAAGAUUUUCUUUUUUUUAACAUGGGAGAGGGCUUCUAGACACAUAAGCCUUAUAUAGAGUAUUUUACUAAAAGUUUACACAACAUUGUGCAUGUAAGCUGCAACCUCACACAAAGGAGUCACUGUGUUUUGGUUCUGUAUGGUUCACUUUAGUUAUUUUAACAAGGAAGCAAGUAAACGAUCCCUAACAGGGAUUAUUUAGACAAUGCCCUGUUGGGCUUUGUGAUGUUUAAUGCCCUUCUCUUGGCUAAAAACUUUGUUUAGGCAAGGUAUAGCUUGCACCUGAAGCAAUUUGGACAAUGUGGCUUAAAUAUCUACAUGUAAAAUAGACUGCAGAAAUCCUGGGAGUUUUUUUUUUUGCCAAAAAUAUUCUUAGAUUAGGCAAAACCUUUCUAGGAAGAUGAUGGAUGAUACAGAAAGGAAAAAGAUAUCAGCAAUGUUUCUUCUUGUCAGUAACUGUGGUAGUUUAAUAAUUUUCUUAUAUAAACCACCUAUUUCUUUUGUUUUGAAAGCCAAGUACCUAUAUUUAAUUUUUGUUUUUAAGAGUAUUGACUUUUUGAAAAUUUUAAAUGCCUAAUCCAUGUUAGAGGGGACCUAAGGGAAAAAAAUGUCACCAUUCCCCUGAAAUGUUUAGGAAAUGUUUAUUUUCCACCAUAACCAGGUAAAAUGUGCUUGAUGUUUGUAGAGUUCCAAAGACCAAAAGCUAUAAGGUCUUUUGCCAGAGCUUGAAGACCAGUAUGUGGGGAAAUAAGAAUCCAGAGCUACACUGUGCUUUUUAUUUCUCCAUCUUCACAGGGUAGAGAUUGACUCUCAGAUAGUAUGAUUUAGAUGGGAACACAUCAGGGAUGGAAACUGAAUGAGUUAACAACUCCAAGACACCUGAAGCCUAGGUAUUGCCUCUACAAAUCAGCAAUAAAUAUAACUGGCAGUUUUGGCAACUUGAAUCUACAGCGAAGAGGGCAGGGGAGAGGAUGAGGCAAGUGAAAAGGAGCAGACCACCAAGCCUUUAGCAUGUAAAAGAUCAGAAUGGUCUCUGCUCUUGACCUUGGCUUGCCAGCGCCAUCUAUCUCUGUCUACUGGCAGAGGAGCUGGCUUAGCUCUGGGGUUGACCUUGUAGCCUUGUGACUAGAAAGGUGUUGUGAAAAUUUGCUGAGAAGCUUAAAAUUUUACACUGACUUAAACGCUAGGGGGUGGGGGAAGAGAAGAACAGUUUAAACUCGUGCUCUCUAAACUGGGGUGUCUUGUGACAAAGUACUGGUCAUCUUAACCUAGUUAUGGCCUUGCCAGUAAUAAUUGAAAGUGGAGCUUCUCUUUUGCCAUUCAGAUGGAUUUUCUGAGUCCUUGAAGCUAGAUAGACAUCAAAUAUUCCAUCAGUUCCUGUAUACCCUCCUUGAAAGCCCUAGGGACUAGCCCAAAGGAAUUUGGAAACUCAGGCUCGUCUGUUUAUAAACUCUUAAAUAUGAAGCCACAAUAUUUAGGUUGAACACUGUAAAAUCCCUAUGUUGUCAGUGGAAGGAGACUUAUAUGAAUCUACAAUUACUGUAAACCUUCUGUCAUAAAUCAUAAGAAAAUGGAUACUAUCUGCUUUACCUAGGCUUGUCUUUUGACAUUUUUACACACAUUUCAUAUCUUAGAGGUGAAAGAUGAACAUAACUGCAUAAAUGAAAAACUUAUUCAAACAUAACACAAUCUCUGCUCCUCAUUGCAAGAGGGAAAAAAAAAAAAAAUGUAUGCUUCUGUUUCCCUCCUGAUUUUCUUGUUUCUGGUGCCAGCAUUUCUGAUUUCUUUUAACAGCUAAGGAAUGAUUAAUGUGACAUACCUAUGGGCAUUUGCUCAAUGUCCUUGAAAGCCCAUGACUGUAAUUUUUUAAAGCACAAAAGAUGAAUUAUAUUUUGUUUAUGGUUGCUUAUUGACCUGCCUCCUCUGUGUUCCCAUUGAUCUCCAUAGUGUGCAAAAAUCUUUUUCUGGUUUUGCUUUCUUGUUGAAGCUGUGGGAUAUUAUCAAUGAUGCAGAACUGUCUGGGACUUUUAUAGGAUAUUGUCUAAAUAUAUCGACCGUGUCUCUUUCUGCCUCUAUGUUAGACUUGCUCCAGCUACUUGUCAUUUUUGAAAUGUAUGUUUCACCCAGUAUCAAUAAGCACCUAAGGGAUGUGAUUUCAUCUAGGGCAGAGAAAAUCAGGAGUCAGAUAUGUCUGUUCUUUGCACAGCAAAGGACAUGGAGAAUUGUAAUUAAAAAAAAAAAGAGGUUCAAAGAAAAAGAAAAGAUCAAGGGUAGAAGGGACCAGAGUAGGUAACCGAUCAGAGACAGGGUAGGGGCUGUUGUCCUUGAAUUGCAGUCCAAAAAGGAAAUCUUUUUUCCAAAAAAUUUUAAAUAAAAUACAUUGUCAUUCAGUCAUUAUGGUUAACAACGAGAUGUUCAAGUAAGCAAUGUGAGAUCCUGAUGGUGAAACACUUAGAGAAGAGAAGGGUGGCACCUGUCUACCCAUUUGCACCCUGACCAUCUAUAGGCUCCUCCCCUUCCUGCCCUUCUCCAGGCCGUCCUUUCCUUGGUGUUUGAACCUAUGUAAGUAAAUGCUUCCAUUUCUGUAUCCCUCUUUCAACUGCACUUUGGCACAUACUUCCGCAAGAAGAUUAUUAUUUACAUCUCCUGCCAUGAUGUGUCAGCAAUAGUAGGAAGUGUCACCUUGAACUUGCCCUUCUGAAACAUGGUCACCAUAUGCUAUCUAUAAAAAAAAAAAAAAACCCGUUGCUGUUUGCUGUCCAGUCGAUUCCAACUCAUAGCGACCCUAUAGAACAGUAGAACUGCCCCAUAGAGUUUCCAAGGAGCUCCUGACAGAUUCGAACUGCCAAUGUUUUGGUGAGCAGCCAUAGCACUUAACCAUUACAUCCCCAGGGUUUCAUAGUUAGAGGAAAAAUGCUUUAGUCCCCUUGCCCCACAAAUUUUUCAGAAGAAGUAUUUUUUACAUAAGCAGGAGUCCCCUGGGUGGUGCAAAUGGUUAAGCACUAGACUCCUGACCAAAAGCUUGGCAGUUUGAAUCCACCCAGAUGCACCUUGGAAGAAAGGCCUGGUGAUCUCCUUUUGAAAGGUUACAGCCUUGAAAAUCCGGUGGGGUGCAGCAAUUCUCUGUAACACAUGAGGUCCCCAUGAGUUGGAAUCUACUCAAAGGCAACUGAUUUUGCUUUUAUUUAUUGUUUAAACAGACUUACCCAUGUUUUCUCCCCUAUGUUUUAGUGCACACACACACACACCUUACAUUAUUUAUGCCUAUGGAAAAGAGUUGACUGCUGACUGGGUGGGCUGAUGGCACAGGGUGCCUUAACUUUUUCUGGCUUGACUCCCACUUCCUUAUGUAUUUGCUUCAUUCACCCCUGUCACUUAAGAGGUGUAACCAUGACUGUUCCAAGUAGUAUCUUGAUCAUCAGCAAGAGCUCAUACAUGUAGCAAAUGUGACUAUUUUAUAUAAAUGCACAAUAAUAGUACAUAGGCCUUGGAGAUGUCUGAUAACAGUAUGUGAAUAUCAUUUGUUGACAUAGUAGAACCUUCUCGGAGGAAACUCUGUAGGUGAUAGUUACAGGGGGAUUCAUAGAUUAAGACUGUUUCUCGAGUGAAUCAUAGUGUUCAUGGAAGCAAGGAAACGAUCUGCCAUUGUUUCUCAUUCAGUCUCAAGCACCGAUCUCUUGGUCCUUCUUGUUGGUAGGUUACUAUAGACUCCCCCCUCAUAUUGUAUAGGAUUUACAUUUAGAAUGAUUGAUGGCCACUGGGGUAGAUCAUAGAGACGCUACAGGGCAGGGGAGUAAACAGGUAAAGAUAGCUCCAUUGAAAAGCCUGCAGAAUCUUUAAAAAGACUGGAAUGUUGCUCGAAUUCUGUAGUUACCUUAUAGCAGAGCUGGUCUGAAAAGCUUUGAAAAAAAAAUCUUUUCUUUCAUUUCUUUAACUCUUUUUGCAACUUAUGUAUUAUUCCACACGUGUGCAAAAUGUGUUUUCAAGGGCAAAUAUGUAGAGCCUGAAGGAAAGAGGAAAAUAGGGAACUUCAAAUACUCUUAUUUCUCAUACAGCGUAGCCUGACUACCAGUCCAUGAAUGUACUAAUGUUGGAAAAGCUUUUAGAUUAGAAUAUAAAACUGAAAUCAUCUUGAAAGUGUAUACGGAAUUGGUUAGUCCUAAUUAAGUCAAACUCCCACUGGUAGGAGGUAUGGGGAUUUCAAUGCUCCUCACUUCUUUUUCUUCGGAGCUUCAUGUAAAAUGUGGCAGGUAAGGGGGAGAAAACAUAACUGGAACUUUUUUAUAGUGUAACUUUAAAAAAUAAAGUAUCUGUCUCUGUUGGUCCUGCUGAGUUGUUUCUUUCCACAGAAUCUAAACGGGAGGUUUGCUGUAAAAACAUAUCUUUUUCUUUGGUGUGUUCACUGUAAUUAAGGCUGGCAGUGAGAAGGUUCAGUAAGUCUCAAUUUCUCUACCUCCCUUACUUGGAGAAAAUUUGGAAAUGUACACUAUGAAUAAAAUGAUUUUUUUAAAAUA